CGAUCUGGCAACCCGCUCGGGAUCCUCCUCCAGCUCAGUGAAACAGCUGCUGGGGUUCGAGAGGAGCAGCGCAGGAGAAUCCCUCAUGCCUCAGCCUUUCCUCCUUCUCCUCUUCUUCUUCUUCUUCUUCUUCUUCUUCCUGCUGCUGGAAUUCCGUCAUGUGCCUUACCGGAGAGGAGAAGAACCUGAGCGCGUGAAGAGGAUUUGAGACUGAAGACGGACGGAACCGGAACACCGACCAGCGCACGCGCUCGUGUGUGUGUGUGUGUGUGUGUGAGCUGUUAAUCAUAUUUAUUGCACUGCUGAGAAGCUGAUAAUGCUGUGUGUGGGCUUUAAUGUGAGGGAAUUGAAUCCGCUGCUGUGUGUCUGAUGAGAUGAACGGAAACGAAACCGUUUUGGAAUAAUCUGGGAAUAAUCUGGGAAUAUUCAGGGAAUAUUCGGAGCUGUUCACCCAGGAGCGCCUGGAAGAAUUCAGGGAGUCUCCUCGGAUUAUUUUCAUUCCUCAGAGUCCAUCCAGUUUACUCAGGAGCUUUGGAAUCAUCUCCACCAUGAGGAACAUCUCCACCAUGAGGAAGAUCUCCACCCUGAGGAGCGUCUCUGCUCUGUGCUGCCUGAUUCUGCUCCCCACAGCGUUCACACUCGCGCUCCUCCCGGACCCGGGACCAGGGAUAAACGGAACCGAGGAUCCCCCGGAGAGCUACCUGCACAUCGGAGACGGAUCAUCGCUGGAGUUUGAAUUUCCUGAAAACACGAAAGGCGUGAUUGUGAUCUCAAGCCGGCAGCGGAGCUGGAGGCAGACGGUGCGAGUGCGCUCCUUAGAACCAGACGUGCUCUCCAUCCUGAACGUCAGCGACAGCGACGGCAGGCGUGCCGGCCCGGUGAACAGCUACGUCAUCAGCAUCCGCUCCGGAUCACCCGGAACAGCUCCGUUACUCAUCCAGCUGCUGGAUCUGGAGCACAGCUCCGAGCCGGUUCUGAUCGAAGAGCGGCGGGAUUAUUCCAUCCGCGUGGCGCCGGGGGGCGAUGGACGCGGAGACGGUUCUGCACAGCUCGCUCACUUCUCAGAGAACCCGGUUCUGUUCGCUCUGCUGCCCCUCAUCUUCGUCAACAAGUGUGCGUUCGGCUGUAAGGUGGAGGUGGAGGUGCUGCGUGAGCUCCUGCGCCGGCCCAUCCCGCUCCUCCUCGGGAUCGUGGGACAGUUCCUGGUGAUGCCGCUGUACGCGUACGGCGUGUCCCGGCUGGCCGCACUGCCCAAAGCGCUCGCUCUGGGUCUGGUCAUCACGUGUUCGGCGCCGGGCGGAGGAGGCGGCUACCUGUACAGCCUGUUACUAGGCGGAGACGUGACCCUGGCCAUCUGCAUGACCCUAGUGUCCACCGUGUUUGCGACAGCGGCCAUGCCUCUUUCGUCAGCGCUGUACGGGCGGAUGCUCGGCGUCCACGCCGCCCUCCACGUGCCGUUUGUGAAGAUCCUGGGCACGCUGCUGUUCAUCGCCAUCCCCAUCUCCCUGGGCGUGUGCGUGAAGCUGCGGCUGCCGGCGCUCACACGGGUUCUCCUCGCUCUCAUACGCCCCUUCAGCUUCCUGCUCAUCGUGGGCGGAGUCUUCAUGGCGUAUCAGAUGGGCGCCUCCAUCCUGGCCAACGUGCAGCUCCGCAUCGUGCUCGUGGGCGUCACGGUGCCGGUGCUGGGCCUGCUGGUGGGCUUCGUGCUGGCGCGCGUGGCCGGACUCGCUGUGCCGCAGAGGAGGACGGUGGCCAUUGAGGUGGGCGUCCAGAACAGCCUGCUCGCCCUCGCCGUCAUGCAGCUGUCGUUCCGGCGCGCCGAGGCCGACUUCGCAUCGCAGGCGCCGUUCAUCGUCGCUCUCAGCAGCACCAGCGAGAUGCUCCUGCUCGUCCUCGCACAUCUCACACACAGACGAUGCUGCCACACGGACAAAAACAAUUCUGAGACCUAAUACACACUCACACUCACACACACACACACACACUGAAACCAAAGACAUUCCUUUUUUCUAAUCACAGAAUGAACCUUAUGUAAGAGAUUUGUGAUAUUUUUAUAACACAUUUGUGUGUUUUGUACGUUUGUAUCCUGUUUACAAAUCUGUAUGUAUGUGUGUGUGUGUGUGUUGAUCUCUUGGUGUGGCCUUGGUUGUCUCUGAGAAUAUAUGUACUUGAAUUCUGGGUGUGUGUGUGUGUGUGUGUAUGUGUGUGUGUGUGUGUGUGAGAGAGAGGUGAAUAAAUCCACUUUGAAAGGGA